AUUUCAGGUCUCUCGCCAUUUCCACCUUCCCCUACGUACCUUGAGCUACCCAAGGGGCAGGAUAUAUAUCAGAUCCGUACUGCUAGAUCUAGCUAGUGAAUUAAUCAGUUCUUGAUGACAAUCGAUCUUGGUCUAGCUCCGGCGUCGGCGUCGGCGUCCUCCGGGGGGCGCGGCGGCAUGCCGAGCCCGUGCACGGCGCUGCCGCCGGGGUUCCGGUUCCACCCGACCGACGAGGAGCUCAUCCUCCACUACCUCCGCAAGCGCGCCGCCGCCGCGCCGUGCCCGGCCCCCGUCAUCGCCGAGGUCGACAUCUACAAGUUCGACCCAUGGGACCUGCCAGCCAAGGCGAUAUUUGGGGAGGCCGAGUGGUACUUCUUCAGCCCGAGGGACCGCAAGUACCCCAACGGCGUGCGGCCCAACCGCGCCGCCGGAUCCGGCUACUGGAAGGCCACCGGCACCGACAAGCCCAUCACGCUCUCAGACGGCGGCGGCGCCGCGGCCGACUCGUCGGAGAGCCGCGCCAUGAUCGGCGUCAAGAAGGCGCUCGUCUUCUACAAGGGCCGCCCGCCCAAGGGCAUGAAGACGAGCUGGAUCAUGCACGAGUACCGCCUCGCCGAGGCGCUCGCCGCCGCCGCCACCUAUAGGCCCAUGAGGUUCAAGAACUCGUCCAUGAGGCUGGAUGACUGGGUGCUUUGCCGGAUCUACAAGAAGACCACCCCGCAGCUGUACUCGUCGCCUCUGCAGGACGAGCCGUCGUCCAUGGACGGCGGCCUCGACCUCGGCCGGCAACACGACGACUCGGUCUCCGUCGACGACAUCGCCGCCACUUACGCGCCUGCCGGUCGGCUACCGCGGCCGGCCUCCAUCUCGGACUACCUCGUCGACUACACGGCGGUGUCGGAGCUGUUCGAGAGCAUGCCGGCGCCGGAGACGACGGCGCUGCUCGGCACGGACGCCGGCAGCAGGUUAUACGUCACCGAUAACGGCCAGGCUGCAAGCAGCUCCUCAGCGCAGCAGCAGAGCUCGCACAAGAGGCGAUUCAUGGAGGACUACUCAAACGGCGACUUGGACAUGCUACACGCGUCGUCCAACAAGAGGGUGAUGAGCGAUCAGGCAUCCAUGGCUGCCAUCAACAACACCUUCUCCCUGUUUGAGCCGGGCCAGACUUCUCUGCCGGACAGAAUAUGAAGCAUGCGUGUGCUCCCUCACUGCUAAUUAGGGCUAGGAAAGAAUAUUGAUUAUUUGAUUAGUAUUGAUGCGGGGGGAUUAUUUAUCCAUCGAUCAAUUUUAGGAAUAAUAUACACCAAAGUAUUGUACUGUAAAAAUAGCUGUAAUAGGAAGAAAAUUACGGUGGCGAUGUCACUAGUAGCUAGGUCUCAUUUUAGAUGUAGUGUUAAAUGUUAAAUGUUAAUUAGUGUGUGCAACUGUAGCAGAUAGUAGGUAGGUUGUAACAUGUAAGAACACAUUUAUUGAAUAAAACUCCAUGAUAUAAUGAAAAUAUUUCAGUACAUAUGUGAAUGAA